GGAAGUUCCACUUAAUUUCCAAAUCGGGAAGAGUAGAGAAAAGUGUGGAAGCCCACUGCGGAGCCGUGCUUGCAGGAAGGUGGAAUUCCGAGGGAACAGCGCUGGCCACAGUUGGUGAAGAUGGGCAAGUGAAAAUCUGGUCUAAAAGUGGAAUGCUGAGAUCCACGUUAGCUCAGCAAGACAACAGUUUCAGUUCCACGCUAAGGAUUCUGGAGAGACUAAAGAAUUAAAAAUAAGAAGAAUCAUUUUUAAAUAUUAAGCCACAGACUCUUACAGCGAAACUGAGGAAAAAAGUUACUAAGAG